UGGCUCCUCCCCAACUAGCGUACGUUGACGAAUGUGGGGCUAUCUAACGCCCACCAGUGCAUAACGGAUGACACAGAAAACACAACAAAAGAGUCGGAACAGACCGGCGGGGAAGGCAGAGUAGGACGGCUCCGGCAGGCGUCACCGCCUAGAUUGCAGGUGACUACAUACGCUUUGUCUGCAUAUGUAUAAACUAGCUUUUCAGCUGUUAGUCAUCCUUUCUUGGCACAGCACAAAUAAGACGUUUUUCUCUCAACUUCUAGGAAACACCAGUCGCAGUCCAUAAGAUACCAUGUCACAAAACAUGGCACAACUACCACUGGCCGAUCUGAAGCGGCAUUUCCUGACGUGUCCCAUCUGCUUGGACACGUUCUGCUCACCCAAGAUCCUGCCCUGCGUCCACACCUUCUGUGCGCCCUGUCUAAUCAAACAUGCCAACGGAAGGACGCGUUUUCCAUGUCCCGAGUGCCGUCAGGAAACCCCCAUGCCCAGCAAUGGAAUAUCCGGUCUCCAGGACAACCAUUACGUCACAAGUCUGUACGAAUGGGCAUCCAGUGCAGACGAUAGAAUGGAAUAUCUUCCUCAACCAAGGAGCGAUACCUCUUUAGGUAAAUGCAAUCGCCACACAGACGUCGACCUCAGCUACUACUGUUUAGAGUGUGAGACCGAGGUGUGUGAGUGCUGUAUACCAGAGCAACACUUUUCACAUAGAGAGAAGAUCACCGUGGUCGAAAACAGGGGCAAGUUUGAUUCAGUUCUACUGGUCUCGUUUGAAGCAACCAUGAAAAAGCUUACCAACCAGUUGUCACUGUUAGAACAAGAAGAAAAGAGAGAGUGCGAACAGAGGAAGGUGGCGGCGGCGAGGGAGAUAGAAAGCGCUGGGAGGAAACUCGUGGAACAGAUCAACCUGCAAGUCUACCAGUUGAUCCAGCAGCUCCAAGCUCUGCAUCAAGACUCGCUAUUAGGCAUCGUGGAAGACAAGGAGACCAUUCACAACUAUCUGAUGAACAUGCAACAGUGGAAGCAACAGGCAGAAACACUACUGAGAAGACCCACUCGGCUUGAUGAAGUUGAGCAAGUACAGACAAAGAUGCGAUCUUUGCUCGACGAUGCUGCAAAGUGCGAAGGUCUUGGAAGCAACAGAAGACCAGCCAAGUACACAUUUAUAAGAGAAGAGUUAGACUAUCGACUCGUUAGUAUAGGUAGAAUAGUGGAAGAUUGUGACAUAGGUGAAGGAAACGAAAACCAACAGAGUGCCUCAAUGAUAAGGUUUGGGAGGGAAGGUAGUGGGGAGGGCGAGUUUCGGUAUCCAAGCGGUGUUACAAUAUCUGACGAGGGAACGAUAUUCGUACUAGAUGCGGACAACUCGCGGGUCCAAAUCUUCGACUCAGAUGGAAAAUUUCUCAGGACGUUUACCGUUCUUUGCCCCGAGAUUAACAGCAAUAACACCCGAUUGGAGGGGAUAGCCAUGGCGUUGGAUGGGAAUCUGUUCCUAACUGACCAAACGCACAAAUCGGUGGUGAUAGUCAAUCAACAUGGCGAGCUGCAGGACAUCAAGAGACUGGACAUGGCGGCGCACCCAGCAGGCAUUGCGUUUGACCCUCGCACAUGGAACCUUCUUGUCAGUGACGUCAGCAAACACUGUGUAAUCGUCAUGAACCCCAUGGGUGCGCUGCGUCACACGUUUGGGUCACUAGGUGCCUUAGAUAGACAGUUUAACCAGCCGCUAUACUUGACAGUUAACGCCAGGGGCGAGAUCAUUGUGUCGGACUUCUUCAACCAUUCGGUGAAGGUGUUUGAUAGUGAGGGCGUUUUUCUCUUCAAAUUUGGCAGUUCGGGUACCGGUGACGGGCAGCUAAGCCUACCGGCAGGAGUUUGUACUGAUGCGAGCGGGAACAUCAUCGUAGCAGACCGCGGCAAUAGUCGGGUGUCGCUGUUCGAUGCGGGCGGACACUUCCUGAAGCAUGUAGCGACCAAACAAGACGGAUUGAGGGCUCCUGUUGCCGUGGCUGUGUCCAAGAAAGGCGCUCUCGUCAUCACAGACGGAUCAAACAGCAGUGUCACUAUAGUAAAGAACUUCAUAUGUCACUAAAGUGAAACCCAAAAACUUGGUGUCAUAGUCUAAUAACUUAUGUUUUGUUAUAGAAGCUUAGUUUCAAUUGAUUUGUUUUAUUACUUGCGUUAUAUCCAGUAGUAUAAUAUUCGUAGCAACAACUGAGAACGAAAAUAUGCACAAUUCUUAUAACUUGUUUGUAAGAUUUAUAAGAUUUCAGAUGCCCAAUUAAAUAGAUGCGGUGUAUAAGAGAUAAGAGUGACAGACGGCGAUUCGUUGUGGAUAUAUUAUUUCAAUUUCUGAAAGUACUAGAACAUAGAAAUAUACAGUGGAAAUAUACAGCAUUCGGGAUUUUGGUGAGAUUUCUAUUAAAAGAAUCAAGAAAAUUAA